AUGGUUAGAACUCAGGAAGAAAUGGGAGCAACAAAAUUAGAGGAGUCCAAUGAGGAAGAAACAAUGGGGGAAAAACAACAUUCAAAAGAAUGGGUUCAUGACAGAAUACUUUACAAUGAUGAUGAAGUAUUGUUUGAUGUUGAUGACGAUAUUAUGGAUAUUAUUGGGGAUAAUGACAAAGAAUCUGAGCCCUUUGAAGCAUUGCUUGAUGUUGUGACCUUAGAGAUCACACAAAGAGACGGUGAAACCAGGUUUGAGAGGGCUGAAGCAUAUGGUGAUUCCAAUUCUUUAGAUAACAUCCUAAACAUAAUGAAAUGGAGUGAUAAAGAUAUGAAUUUUUUACAAGACCAAAUACAAGAAAAUUCUAUCAACAAACAAAGGAUUGGGGUGUUAACAACAGAAAAUGAAGAGUUGAAAAAGGUGAUCAAAUGCAUGGAAACGAAUGAAACAACUAAAAAGAAAGGGGAGGAAUGUGCAGAUAAUGUUGUCAUGGAAACACAAGUCCUAGAUUUCGUGAUAAAACUGAUGGAUAAAGAUAUACAAAUUUUUGAGUUGGAGAAUCUUGUGAAAGUUAUGAAGAGGAAACUGACGAUGUCAAGGCUGAAAUGGCACAACUUGAAUGAUGAUCAAAUACAACAAGUCCAAAACACAUCAUCAAAAGUGGGGCAAUCUUCUAUGGUUAGAAAGAUCAAAUUGAAAGAGAGGAAGAGCAACAGAGAUACAGAUUAUGAGUACAGUAGAAGGAAAAGACGAAAGAAAGAGGAUGUGACAUCGCAUGAAUCGGAGAAAGGUAAAGGCAUCGUCAAACUCAGCAACCAGAAUGAAUGUGAAAUUAUUAAUAUUGAUGACUCAAAUGGAAAGACUACUACACUGCAAGAAACAAGCAAGACAUAA